AUGGACCCAAUCAUUCAGGCCUAUUUGGCCUUGGGGAUUUCAGCCGUCAUCCCCAUCUGGUAUGCCUCUCAUGCAUCAGUAAAAGCUCCAAUCGUGUUGAAGAAAAAGGGAGGAAAAAAUUCUGCUGAUUCCAUUGAAUCGUCCGAUGAGGAAGAGGAAGCUAUCGAGCGAAUGACCAGUGAAGACGCUUACUGGUUUCCGGUCUUGGGCUCGGGCGCGUUAUUAGGAUUGUAUCUCGUGUUCAAGUACCUGAACAAAGACCUCAUCAAUGCCCUGUUCGCCGGAUAUUUCUCGCUGAUGGGCUCGGGAGCGCUAGCGACGAUGUUGGUGACGAUCGCCAAGACGAAUCUCGGCCCGACGACCUGGGCGAAACAGACAAAAUACAAGUUCAGAUUGACCCGGAAUACGGCGGAUGUCUUGUUCAGUCUCCGGUUCACCAACUGGCACAUCGGCUUCAUCGCCAUCUCCGUCAUCCUCUCCGCGGUCAAAUGGUACACCAAACAAUGGAUGCUUUCCAACUUGUUCGCUCUCAGCUUCGCCUUCAACGCUAUCACGCUAUUGAAGCUUGACAGCUUCAAAACUGGUACCGUCUUACUUGCUGGUCUGUUCAUAUAUGAUGUUUGGUGGGUUUUCGGAUCGUCCCAUGCUUUCGGUGAAAGUGUCAUGGUUAGCGUCGCCAAGAACUUUGCCGCUCCUAUCAAGAUUACUUGGCCUCGUGCGAUCGCCGAUAUCUUUUCAAACGACGAGAAGAAAUUUGCUAUGUUGGGAUUAGGUGACAUCGUCAUGCCAGGAAUCUUCGUCGCCCUUUCGCUGCGAUAUGAUUACAAGAAAGCCUAUGACAAAAUCGUCAAGUCGACCACCGGGCCUAUCAACAAGAAGACGGUUCUAUCACCUGCCAGCAAUUUCCCUAGACCGUACUUCUACGCUUGCAUGGCUUCGUAUGUCCUCGGUCUAGGCAUCACCAUGACUGUCAUGCACAUCUUCAAGGCCGCCCAACCUGCUCUAUUGUAUUUGAGUCCCGCAUGUACCGGAAGUGUUCUUCUGUUAGCCAUCCUCAAGGGAGACACACAGGAGUAUUGGCGAUGGGAGGAUGGAGAGGAUGAUGACAAGAAGGAAGAGGACGAGCCCAGUAAGGAAGACGACAAGAAGUCCAAGAAGUCGGCCCAGGAAGACCAGAAUAGCACCCGGUUUAAGGAGCUCGAGCCUACAGAUGAAGGCUGGACUUCCGGUGGCCUCGGGUCUUCUUCCCAGUCUGUCAAAAUGACCGCCGCUGGCGCGAAGAAAAACAAGAAAUAA